ACUCCCAAAUCGCGUAUCUUGUUUGCAAUGUUUAAAAAUCUCCUCUCCUCUUUUAUAUUUCUAAAGGCGUUCAAGAAUUCCAAUAAUGUAGUGUCAUCAUCAAACUUACGAAGAAUCUUAGCGUGAGAAAUCCAAAUUGAAGGCAACGUCUUAAAAUUUCACAUACUUAGUAUGCAAUGAGUCUUUCUUAUCCUUGAUCGGUCGAGAUGUCUGCGACCUUCUUUCAUGAUUGUCAACUGUGCUGACAAGCAGCCUACCGCGAAUUUUCCCGUUUUUCGUUUCCAAGUGUUCAAUUCGCCUCAGAUUAAAAACAUCGACUGAUGCACUAAUCCCGGUCUUCACCUCGAUCUCUGUCCUUAAACCGCACAGGUCGCGCAAAACCCUCGUUUUCCAUCAAGAAACAAUGGAUACCCAUCAAACUACACUUUCUUCUGAAGAAGGAUUGCUUUCAAAACUUACAGUGGCCAUUGACAGUUGGUUACCCUUCAGUUUGCAGUAUUUCGACGUCACAUCACUCCCACAUACCCGUCUCGUAGCCUUGCUGUUCCUUGGAUUCGUCUGUCUCAUAUAUUACCUCACUCGACCCUCAAAUAUAUUUAUCGACUUGACCGGAGAGAAGAGCGAUAAAUUUUUUAAACUUCCAGCUAAAAAUGAUUCGAUGGCAAAAGACCUGCUCGUAAGUCGAUUGCGAAGAGAUCCUAAUGCCAAAAAAUUUCCACUUUAUCCAAAUGGAUGGUUCAGAAUACUCGAAUCUUGGGAACUCGGCCUGGAGAGAGUGAAAUACGUCGCGGCUUUAGGUGAAAAUUUUGCUGUUUUUCGAAAGUCAGAUGGAAAGGUACACGUAGUCGACGCGUACUGUCCUCAUUUAGGAGCAAACAUGGGUAUAGGAGGUUCUGUCAAGAAUGGUUGCCUGGAGUGCCCUUUCCAUGGAUGGCAAUACGAUGGCGAGACGGGAAAAUGCAAAAAUAUCCCAUAUGCCAAAAAAAUUCCAGAGUUUGCGAAAGUUCGAACUUGGAAGUCUGUAGAGGUGAACCACAUCAUUUUCGUGUGGUAUCACGCUGAAGGAGAGGAGCCCUCCUACGAAAUACAACCGUUUGCAGAUAUUAUGGAUGGAAGUUACACGUACAGGGGUCGUUUUGAAUAUCUACUGGAUGCGCAUGCUGAGGAUCUAUUUCAAAAUUUCGCUGACAACGAGCAUAUUGAUUUUUUACACGCUCCUAGAAUGUUGAUGGUGGGCGCUGAUUUGGAGGGCUCGAAGAGAAAAUGGCUUCCCAACUUCAUCAAUCUCACACAGUCUACACACUGGGAACCUGAUGCAGACCUGCCUCACAUGUCACGGAUUCAAAAUGAAUUACAUAUAAAGCUUUUUAAUAGAAUAACCCUCAUAAAGAGUGAUGCCGUUUCAAGAAGCAUCGGACCAGGCUACAUCGAAGCUACCCAAUCAACAUCUCUUGGAAACACUAGGUUUACGCUCUGUAUUACGCCGGUUGCACCACUCACCCUCCGACUUACGACGCGGUUGUAUACGCGGCCAUUCACAAUCCUCGCAGGACCAAUCACUUUGCAUGCACUUAAAAAUGGCUUCGAGGACGACGUCAUGGUAUGGAAUUACGGGAAACCAAGACCGCAACAGAAUGUUAUAAAGGAAGAUGGACCCAUAGCCCACCUCAGACGAUGGUACAAUCAAUUCUACUCUAAAAACAGUCCUUCCUUGAACUGUCAGGAGACUAUUUAUUAGCAAGUUUUAAAGACCCAGUUCUCUCUAUUUGACGUCCUUACAAAUGAAGUCUACGAGGCAGCUGUUCAGCAAAACUAUGGAAA